UGAAGAAAAAGCACUUGAAAGAUGUGCAUCUCCAACAAGUGUCUGUAAGAAGGUUUGCAUCAUUCAAUCUCUUUUCAGUAGAAGACCAGAAUGCAGAAGAUGAAACUGGAACCUGGGUUCACUAUAAAUGCAUCUUUUAUCCUGAGUAUAGUGUGUCCUUAAGAUUUCACAAUGGACUCUUAAAUGUUGAAGAUGUUCUUACAAGUUUUGACAACACGGGGAAUGUCUGUCUCUGGCCAUCUGAAGAAGUGCUGGCCUACUACUGCCUAAAGCACAAUGAAAUAUUCAGGGACCUUGCUGUGUGUGAGCUAGGGGGUGGCAUGACAUGCUUGGCUGGGCUCAUGGUUGCUAUUUCUGCAGAUGUCAAAGAAGUUCUGUUAACUGAUGGAAAUGAAAAGGCCAUCAAAAAUGUAAAUGACAUCAUCACGCGAAACCAAAAUGCGGGUGUGUUUAAGGCUCAGAAAGUGUCAAGCUGCAUUUUACGAUGGGAUAAUGAGACAGAUGUCUCUCAACUGGAAGGACAUUUUGACAUUGUUAUGUGUGCUGACUGCCUGUUUCUGGACCAGUACAGAGCUAGCCUUGUUGAUGCAAUAAAGAGAUUACUCCAACCCAGUGGAAAAGCAAUGGUAUUUGCUCCACUCCGAGGGAAUACUUUAAACCAGUUUUGCAAUCUAGCUGAAAAAGCUGGUUUCUCUAUCCAAAGACAUGAAAAUUAUGAUGAACACAUUUCGAACUUCCACUCCAAGUUGAAAAAUGAAGAGAAAGAUACAUAUGAGGAAAACCUCCAUUACCCUUUUCUUCUUGUUUUAACCAAACACAGAUAGAAGAUGAUACUUUUUUGCUUGUUUUAAGGUCUACUACUGAGAAUUUCCACAUAUGUGGAUGGACAGGGAGUGGGGAGGGUUCAGUUUCCCCCCUUUUGUUCCUGAGUCAUUAUUAGACAAAUGUUUCUAAUCUAAAUGCUGAGGAAGAUAUGGUGGUUUGUUUCACGGUGCGUAAACAUUGAGGCAUCUUUUUUGUAUCAUUUUAGAACUUAUUUUUCUAGUUAUGGUCCAGCCUGAAACUGAUCAGACUUUACAUGUAUGCAUGAACAAAGGUGUAAAGCUGGCUUCCUUCUCUUUGUGCCUUUCAACUUGCAUGUACUUUGUUAAUCUCUUUAAGUGUGAUUUUUGGGGUGUAUCUGAAAGAUGUGUGAAUAAUAUAUUGUUUGGGGUUAUA